GUUGCAAAAUAUUAAGUUGGAAUUUUUGCCGCCACAUACCACAUCGGUUAUUCAACCAUGUGAUGCUGGGAUUAUUAAAAAUUUCAAAGCUAAUUAUCGUAAGCUAUUAGUAAAAAAAUGGAUUGAUGAUAUAGAAAAUGAACUUGAGCAGGUGUUAGAAGAACUAGAAAUGUCAUACGAUUGUAUUAAAUUGUCAGCAGAGGAAUAUAUAAAUGUGGAUGAAGAAUUACAAACGAUGGAUACACCAACUGAAGAAUCUGUUGUCAGAGAUAUUCUUAAAGAGCAAGAUGAAUUGAUUCCGUAUAAUGAGGGAAAAAUAGCAUUGGAAGUUGCAAAAAAAUAUCUUGAGCAAUCACAAUUUGCUACUGAAGAUGAUAUUUAUUUGUUACGACAAAUAAUUAAAAAGGCAGAAAGUUAUUACCGAUCUAGCCUUAAACAAACAACUAUUGAUAAAUAUUUUAUUACUCAAUAG